GUUUAUUUACAAUUUGACAGUUCUAAGAAAAACCUCACACAGCCUACAUGGGAUACGGAAAAACGGAAAAUUCGUGAAAAUUCUCCGCGACAUUUAAUCAAAAUUUCUUGGCACGAAUUUAACGUUAUCGUAAUUCGUGUGAAAUUCUAAAAAUUGAAAAUUCAAAAAUUCUUAUCAUCAAAAAGUAAAAAUAAAAAAAUACUUAACUGUAAUCAAGAAGAAACAAAAAAUAAAUAAAUCAAAUUUGAUUACUUUUCUGUCAAAAAUCGAACGGUUAUCAAAAUUUUGUCUGACCUGCUAUCACAAUCAAAAUUCUAUAUAAAUUUAUACCUUGUUGUGUGCGAAUGUACUACAAAUUGCACUGCACUGCAUUGCAGUAAUAAAUAUAAAUUUCUUAAUUUUAAAUAAAAUAUUUAAAAAGCAAUUAAGUGCACGUUAAUUGUUUAUCUAUUGUUCCUUUAUCGCGCGAUCGAGUGUGUUUGUGUUUUAUUGUGGUUGUUGAAGGGUACCCUACAACAAAAAAGGUUUAUUUUGCACAUUAAAUGAGAUUCAAAUAAAAUUAAAAAUAAAUUACGAGCUAUUUCCGGUGCGGACAUACUACGUACAACUAUUGCUACCUACCGUUAAAUAUUGGCACGCACUAUAUUGACCGUUAUACAAAUUGUAUAAAUGCGCUUGCAUACCUAAGGCUAUAGGCGGCAUAGGGUACCUACUACAUCGGUUAUCGUUGUCGUUGUUUCGUGGUGGUGUUUUGGCGUUACGUUAUUACUUUUUGUUUAUUAUUUGUUUAUAAUUAAAUUAAAUUAAAUUAACGUUCACAAUUCAUUUGCAUUUAACGGUAAUUGGAAGCGCGUGUGAUAAAUCUCUCUCUCGUGUUCCUUAGCCUGCCUGUCUGUCUGUCUGUCGAUUUCGGUUACGGUUUGUUGUUCGGAUUGUUUGUGCAAGUUGUGCAAUAAAAAUGACACUCAUCCGUUCUGGCAUUUCCAUUGGAAUAAUAUUGGCGCUUCUUAGCGCCGUCAACAGCCACCUGAACGUGUAUUUGAACCUGCACGAGGUGAUGCGUUUAAUAGGUGUUUCCGCAGAACUUUAUUAUGUCCGCGAUGGCCAGAUAAACGAUUAUGCGCUGAAUUUUGCAGUUCCUGUUCCAUCGAAUGUCAAAGAAAUAUCAUUUACAUGGCAAAGUUUGGCCGGCCGCCCAUUGCCCUACAGCAUCAACAUAGUCACAUCUGAGCCAGCAGUUUUGCCACGGCCCACCCUCAAUAUAUCGCGCAUUGGCGAAAUUCCAGUGGAGCCCCUUACCUAUUCGAUUGGUAUGAAAUGCUCGGGUAUAAGGGAAGCUGAAGUGGAAGUCACAAUUGCCAUUGAAAUUAUCCUGGACCGAGCGACGAACAACGUCACCGAAUUGGUUUUCCGCCGGAAGAAAAUCUGUUUGGCCGGCAAUCAAGAUGACGACAAUGACGCAACUGCUAGCGGCGGUGAUGGUGGUCGUGGUGGAGGUGGUGGUGGAACUGGAACUGGUGCUGGUGCUGGUUCGGCUGUUGGUGAUGGCUCGUUGUUUGCCACAUCCUCGGAAGAUCCACUAUUCAAGGAAACUCUGGCGCCACCGCCUCACAAUGGCCUUAUUACUCUGAUAAUCGGUGGUAUUUUGGCUCUUGUCCUAGUGGCCACUCUGAUUCUCAUCGCGUACUGCGCCAAAGGACCGACCAAGCGGCAGAACCAUCAUGGCGUGCAUUUGAUUAAAACCUCGAGCUUUCAGCGACUGCCAACGAUUUCCUCGACAGCGCACAAUUCGAUUUAUGUGUGUCCGUCGACGAUAACGCCGACAUAUGCCACACUGACGCGGCCAUUUCGGGAAUACGAGCAGGAGCCGGAGGAGUUCAAUAGGCGACUCAGUGAACUCACCGUGCAGAAGUGCCGGGUGCGUUUGUCUAGUUUGCUGCUAGAGGGAGCCUACGGCCGCGUCUACAAGGGAACCUACAACGACUGCCAGGACGUUUUGGUGAAGACGGUUGCCCAACAUGCCAGUCAAAUGCAAGUGUCACUGCUGCUGCAGGAAGGCCUCAUGCUCUACGGUGCCUCACACCCUGGACUCUUGAUGGUACUGGGUGUAUCCAUUGAGGAUUACUCGACACCGUUCGUCCUCUAUCCGGCUGCAAAUAACACAAGGAAUUUGAAGCUGUUCCUGCAGGAACCGAUAUACUCCCGUACGAUUACCACCAUUCAGACAGUGCUGAUGUCAUCGGAGCUCUCCAGUGCCAUGGGCCAUCUGCAUACGCACGGAGUCAUUCACAAGGACAUUGCGGCCAGGAACUGUGUAAUUGAUGACCAGUUGAGGGUUAAACUGACAGACAGUUCACUGACGCGUGACCUUUUCCCCGGCGACUAUCAUUGUCUGGGCGAUAGCGAGAAUCGUCCUGUGAAAUGGAUGUCGCCCGAAGCCCUUGCAAAGAAACAAUAUUCAGAGGCAAGCGAUGUCUGGUCGUUCGGCGUGCUAAUGUGGGAGAUGUGCACGUUUGCCAAACAACCAUAUGCCGAAGUCGAUCCCUUCGAGAUGGAACACUAUUUAAAGGAUGGAUAUCGAUUGGCGCAGCCUUUCAAUUGCCCAGAUGAAUUGUUUACCAUAAUGGCCUAUUGUUGGGCACAACCCACUACUGAACGUCCAUCAUUUGUACAGUUGCAGCUUUGUCUAUCGGAUUUUCAUACUCAAAUUACACGCUACGUCUAAAAGUCUUAUUUUUAAAAUUAAAAAAACAAUAACAAAAAAAAAAACAAAAAAACCAUCCCUAUACAAACUAUUUCCUAUAUUCAAAACUAUCGCGCUUAGCUUCUACGAGUAUGAAUUUAUUGCGAUAAAAAUAAAGAAUUUUUAUUUUAUUUAAACAAUUAUUUAAGCAAAAAUUAAAAAAAAAUAUAAAACUUUCAUAAAAUAAUCUAACCUCAUACUUAAAAAUAUUUAAUAUUGUAUGACUUUCUGCUUAAAUAUAACAAACAAAAAAAUACCAAUCUAAAAACUAAAUACAAAAUAUAAAAAUUUAAUAAUACAAACGAAAAAAAAAUCUACUACAUUUUAAGCUGUUCUUGUAUGAUUUUAAGUUCGAAACAAAAAAAUUGGUGUCACUCUGCUAUAAAACAUAAACAUAUUGUAAAUAAAAUAUAAUCAAAGGAGGACAUUAAAUAAUAAUUAU